AUGAUUGAUCUGCCAGAGCGCCGGUGGGAGUUCUUCUGGUUGCAAAUAUGCUUUGCAUACACGCUGCUCACAUCGCUCUCGAGCCUCAUCUACGGGCACAUGAUGCUUGUGCUGGCGUUUACUAUCUUCUUGGCAAUAUAUCCCCAAUACGGGCCGACGAUGUGUGGAGCUCUCUGCGUUUUUGCUACUCAGAUAUUGUACCGAUGCCACUGGGUCGCAUGGCCACGACUUCUGUACCUGUGGCUCAUGCAAGUGAAUGUGGAUCCGAUACCCAAGUCACCAGGCUUGGAGACCAGUGCAUGCUCCGACCUGAGCAGUGUGGACGACGACGCAAAAGAAGUGGAAAAAGGAGAAGAAACAUCAUCGGAAGAGGGCAGAAGCGAAUCCAGUAGUCAAAACAUUUACAAAUCCCUCUCUGAGAGCAGGGGGAAAGCGCAGGACAGGCACCUGAGCAACUCCCCCAGACUCUGUCUUGAGAGCGGUCUUCCUGACAACCCGGACGAGGAAGAGUUGUUCGAGUCAGCGCAACCCAAGCGGCUACUUCUGUCGCUCGCCUGCCAGGAUUAUGACAAGUUACAAGGAACGGAGCACCAGUGGGCAACCUCACUGUCUUCUCCGUUAAAGGACGCGGCCUUGGUGCACGAAGCAUUUGAGGAAAUUGGGUAUCAGACAGUUGGUUCCUUCCAGAAUGUGAACUGCUCGCAGUUUCAGGCAGAGUUCGAGGACUUUCUGCAAGGCUUAGACUGCUCCUGCUACGUAAUAGCUUUCUUCUUUGCCGGCCAUGGCAUUGAACACAAUUCGCGGUUGGGCUUCCUGCUAAAUGAUCCAGAGGAAACGAUGGUAUACUUGGACAGUUUGUUGCAGCGCUUGCACACUAGAUUGGACGAACUCCUUCACGUCUCAGCAGAGAAUGAUCCCAUCCGCAGCGCAUCUGUCGUGUUCUUCUGCGACAUUUGUCGCGAAGGGCGAGGUGCCAGCGUGAUCCGCGACCGCCGGGCAGUGAAGAAUCCAUCACUUCCUGCACCGAGCCGGCAGCAAGCUGUGAUCUACUCCUGUUUGAGUGGCGGCCAUGCCGCGGACCUGUCUUACAAGACAGGCAACUAUGGGCAUCUCGCCAAGGCCUUGGCCGAUGUUGUGCGCCUGAAUGUGCCGAACACGGUCUUCAGCGUGUGCGAGAGCAUAAACCGGCGAGUGCAGACGUCUUCGCGCAAGCUCAGGAAGAGGCAAGGCGAACUCUACAUGCCGCCGCUGAGUCAGCAGCAUGCCGAGCUUCACAGUGACUCAACGUUGUGGGACGAUCAAUAUGACAUCUUCGUGGAUGAUGGGCAGGGGCGGCAGCUGCGGUCAUGGAUGUUGAAGCUUCGUCACCGUGAUGGAGAGAAUGAGAGUCGGGUUAUUCUAUGGAAGGUUUCAGAAACAGAGUCCGAGGAGGACCCUCACAGGCAAAGGAUUUUGGUUGAACGCGACCGCUUCAUAGCAGCGAAGCAAGAGGAGCGCCGCACUGAGCUAGAAGAGCUUGCAGAGAGAGAGCACGAACGCAGGAGAAGACUACGGCAGCGUGCUAAAGCUCUGAAACAGGCAUGUGCUCGAGCCCAGGAGCAAAUGGCAGCAGCAAGUAGGCAACAUGAGGAAGAACAGCAGCGACUGCAGCGGCAGCAUGAGGAAGAAAAACGGUCAUUACAGCAGCAGAUGGAGGCAGAGAAGCAGCAACUGCAGAAACAGCAUGCAGAAGAGCAUCUGCGAAGGAUGGCUGAAGCUGAGGCCAGGGCUAGAGUUGUAUACCAAGACAGAGUUGUAUACCAAGACAGAGUUGUAUACAGGGAUAGGGACCCUGCAACUGUGAUCGGGGACGGUCUGGAAUUUGGCCGUUGUUUAAUGGGUUUGCUUUGUUUGCCUAUUCUCUUUCUUUGUUGGCCUCUUCUGGUUGUCGGAUGUAUUGUACAAUGA